AUGACACAGCAAGACCUACCACAGAACCAACGAUUCAAUAAUUUGGACAAUUGUACUGAUUCAUUACGUCAAUCAAUCAAGAUAUUACAACAAUCCAAUAAAAUUUUAGAUGAAACUUUACAAGAUAGUACCAGAUUAACAAAAAUACUAUCAACGAAUAAAGUAUUUGAUUUAAUACCUGAAUUAGAUUUAAAUGAUGCAAAAUCAAAUUUCACCAAGAAUAUUACCCCACAAUUAAAUCAACAAUUGAAUAAAUUAGAAGAUGAAUUAAUUCAAUUACAAACGAAGAAAACUACUUUAACUAAUAAAUUAAAAUUAAUAAAUGUUCGAUUGAAAAAUUAUGAAAAAAAAGGUAAUAAAGAAGAAGGAGGGAAAAAUUUUAAUAGUAAUGGAUUAAGUGAUAUAGAUAUUGAUAAUUUAUUAACUAAUAGACAUAAAAAUGGUUAUGAUGUUAAUAAACUUCAUCAAUUACGAUUUUUAAGAGAUAAAAAGACUCGAUUACAAUACUCAUUAAAUCGGUUGAACUAA